UUUUUUCUCCUAGGGUUGGGAGUGUUUCUUUUUUUCUCCUCAGAGUUGGGAGCAUAGUGGCGAUGGUGUGAAUCUCUGGACGUUUCCUCAAGAUGGCCGACACACAUGUGAGGGAUCUGACGAUAGCAAUGGGGAAACAACUAUCUUUGACGAUGGAGGAAGACAUUGGACUCGAUUUGGAUGCUGGAAAUGGUAUUGACCUGGAGGGGGGCAUUUCAAAAUGGUGUCUUGUCAGCACAGUACUGACUCGGAAGUGGUAUAAUAUGGAAGCACUGGAAUCAACGCUGGCUGGUGUGUGGAGGCCAGUCAAGGGUCUGCACAUGAAAAGUUUGGGAAAUAACCUAUUUGCUCUUUAUUUUUUUCAUCCAGUGGAUAUGAAGCGAGUAAUGGCUGCAAGUCCUUGGCGGUUUGCUGACCAUGUCAUGGUCCUAAAAGAGGUGCAGGAGGGUAAACCGGUGGCAAAAGAGGAUCUUGUUGAGAACUUGGAAGACUCCUCGAGGUGGAUGCAGGGGAUGGACGGAUGCGGGGUGCGGAGUUCAUUCGUCUGCGGGUUUGUAUUGACUCAAGGAAGCCUUUACGUCGGGAGCAUCCUUAUGAUGAUAGCCUUUGAGCCAUGCCAAAGCGAGGAAAACAAGGGGCACCAGCGAAUACUGGGAGAUGGCUGCGCAAUGCUUCCGGCAACCCCGUCAGAGAAGAGCCACGGUGGAGGAGCCAGAACCCAAAAAAUGGAAAGCCACUCAAAAUUGGAAAUUCGCGGUCCCCAUGGAGAUAUGAUUGAUUUUAAUGGCCAUGACUGGCAGAGAAAUAAGGAAGAUUUGGUUGGGCAAAUUGAAAAUACUAAUAUGGGAGCUAAUCUCAAGUUUGAGAGAAAUAUGCUUGAUGAGCGCCAUUCUAGCCUGGAGCAAUUAGGCCCUCAUAUGGAAAGGCAGCAGACUCAAGGGAUUUUAAUGGAUCCUACAAACACUAAUAAUGAAAUUACUAUGGUUAACAGUAAUAUUUCAACGGAGCUAGAUCAUGGGCGAGAAAUGCUACUCAUCAAGAGCUAUGAGCCAGCUGGGCUAGACACCCCACACAUUGUAACAGACAAGCAAAGCCCAAGCCGCUUCGAGCCCACCCCCCCAACCCAGACAGGGGCUACAGGCCCAUUGUUUAUGUUCUCUUCUGCACAGAAUACCAAUCCCUCCAAGAAUAGAUCUUGGAAAAAGGAUGCUCGGGAGCGACGCCACCAAAACUCACCCAUUUCACUAUCUUCAGGAAGAGCCAAGAUGGGGCGUAGCGGAGGAUUGGCUAUGCUUUGGAAUCCUGAUAUUCAAUUGUCAUUGCUAUCCUACUCACAAAAUCAUAUAGACAUGAAGAGAGGUGGGGAUGCAUGUGAUUUGGCUGAAGUUCAAAUGGUUGGUGAGCCAAAGUCAGGCUACUCCUUCAUCUAUCCUCUGAUCACUCUCCUUUAUGGAUCACACUUGAGCACCAUUACCGAAGACAAACCAGGCGCAAAAAGAGAUCCCGAUUUGAGGAGAUGUGGCUUCGAGACCCCAGCUAUCAGGAAACAGUUCAAUCUAGCUGGGCUUCUUUCAUCGGCAUGGGUGAUUGGUCCUUCUUAUUGCAGAAGAUGCGCCUUUGUUCUGCGAACCUCCAAUGUUGGAAUUCUUCACAUUUUGGCCAUGUAUAGAAGCGGAGAGGAGAUUAUGUGGAGGCAGCGCUCAUGUGAAAUUUGGUUGCAGGAAGGUGACCAAAACACACGUUUUUUUCACAAGAGAGCCUCUAGAAGACGGGACAAGAAUAGAAUUGGGAAAUUGAUGGAUGCAGAUGAUGAAUGGAAGCAUAAAUUUCAAGAGCUGCAGUUUAUUGUUACAGCUUAUUUCUCUUCACUGUUUUCAUCAACCGCCCCUAGCAGUAUUGAGCUAGUAACCAGUUGUUUAUGCCCUCGAGUGAUAAUAGCAGAUAACGACUUCUUGCUCCAGCCUUUCAUGGAGGCAGAUAUCACAGAGGCACUCUAUCAAAUGCAUCCUACGAAGGCCCCAGGGCCGGACGGAUUAUCACCUGGUUUUUUCCAACGUUUUUGGAGUAUUGUAAAAGCUGAUAUUAUCAAGCCAUGCUUAGAUUUCUUGAACAAUGGAAAGGUACUUCCACAUGGGCUGAACUUCACUCAUAUUGUGCUUAUUCCGAAAUGCAAUGAACCUACAACAAUGGCAGACUUGCGUCCGAUAAGCCUAUGUAACGUCAUUUAUAGGAUUCUAGCAAAGGUCUUGGCAAACCGAUUUAAGCUGGUGCUUCAGAAAGUUAUUUCCGAAGAACAAAGUGCCUUCUUGCCAAAUCGAUUGAUCACUGACAAUUUUAUGGUUGCUAAUGAAAUACUCCAUUAUAUGCGGAACAAGGGGAGGAGGAAGCGAGGCUGGCAAGCUAUAAAGUUAGAUAUGAGUAAGGCUUUUGACCGGGUUGAAUGGCCUUACUUGGAGCAAGUUAUGCAUGUGCUUGGCUUUACGGAAAGGUGGAUUAGAUUGAUCAUGGAAUGUGUCUCAUCAGUGACAUACGAGGUUCUACUAAAUGGUAAGGAGGCAGGACAGAUCAUCCCAUCUCGUGGCUUGAGACAAGGUGAUCCAUUAUCGCCUUACUUGUUCAUUCUAUGUGAUGAAGGUCUCACAGCCAUGAUUCACAAGGCAGAUAAUAGCAGGAGUUUGCAUAACAUCCAAAUCUAUAGGAGAGCACCAAAAGUUUCUCAUUUGUUCUUCGCUGAUGACAGUCUUCUUUUCCUCCGCGCCACUAAAACAGAAGCAGCAAAUUUAAUGGCCAUCUUGCAAGCUUAUGAGCGAGCAUCUGGCCAAGUUAUUAAUCUACAAAAAUCUUCCAUCACUUUCAGUAGUAAUGUACAACCAAGGGCGAGGAGCCGUAUCUCACAUAUACUGGGCAUAAAGGAAGCAGACAGUCCGGGGAGAUAUCUUGGGUUCCCUGCUGAUAUAGGUAGAUUGCGCAUUGCCACUUUUUCAACUUUGAAGAGUAAAUUUUGGGCGCGCAUUGCUGAACGGAGAGAACAACCUUUAUCUAGAGCUGGCAGGGAAGUGCUCAUAAAAUCAGUGCUGCAAUCUCUUCCAACAUAUGUGAUGGGUCUUUUUCUGCUGCCGAAGGCCAUAUGUAUAGAUCUAGAGCUUAUUAUGAAUCGUUACUGGUGGGGAGGAGGAGAGGAUGAGCAUAAGAUUCACUGGAUGGAAUGGAGGAAGCUUGCAAUCUCGAAAAAAUCAAGAGGAUUGGGUUUCCGUGCUAUGCGGGAAUUUAACUUAUCUAUGCUAGGGAAGCAAGUAUGGCAGCUGUUAAUGCAUCUGAACUCUUUAGCAGCGAGAAUUAUGAAGGCAAGGUACUUCCCUCGUUCUACUAUUCUUCGUGUAGAACUAAAAUUCCCUUGCAGUGUUACUUGGCGAAGCAUUUGGCACUCAAUUGAAUUACUAAACCAGGGUUGUCAGCGUCUGAUCGAUAAUGGCCAAGAUACAAGGAUUUGGGAUGAUCUAUGGCUACCUGGCAACACACAAUUCUAUGUUCAAUCUCCUCGCCCUGUGGGUUGUGAGAUCCAAUUUGUAUGUGAGCUAAUUAAUGAAGAAACAAACUCAUGGAGGAGGGAUCUAGUGCUUGAUACCUUCAAUGCCCAUGAAGCCCGAUUGAUAUUAGCUAUACCUUUAAGCUGGAUGGGAAGGGAGGAUAGCUGGAUGUGGAAUUUUACCAAACAUGGAUGCUACUCAGUUCGAUCUCGGUACCACAGAGCUAUGGAUUUGAGCAGAAAUCAUGCUGGCCCAUCCAUAUCCUCAUCGAGCUUUGGUGGCAAUCGGAUAUGGUCCUUGGAUAUCCCGGAGAAGGUACGUCUGCUUACCUGGAGUGCUUACAGGAAUGUUGUUCCCACAAAGGACAACCUCCACAAAAAACGUGUGGACAUAGACUUGGAGUGUCCAAUGUGUGGGGUGGAAAGGGAAUCUAUUUUUCACUAUUUUAUGACCUGUUCUAUUGCCCGAGCAGUAUGGUUAGGUUGCCCUUUGAGUCUGCGUGUCUCUGAGCUUAACGAGGAAGAUUUUGCCUCUUUUUUUGAUAGCAUCACGAACAACUUGGAGAAAAAACAGUUAGAGCUCUUCUGCCUAUUGUGUUGGAAUUUAUGGAACAGCCGAAACGAUGCUCUGUGGAACAACAAAGGCCCUAAUCCCCAUCAUAUUAUUGAACGUAGCUUGCAUUUGCAGAUGGAGUACAAAAAAGCCUUGAUGUCAAAGGGUACAGGCACUGCAGCUGUUCAAAGACUAAGUGAAACCAGGUGGCACCCACCAAACGAGGGGUAUGUAAAGGUAAAUGUGGACGGAGCAGUAUCUGAACAAGGACAUAUAUUUGGUAUGGGCGCACUUGCAAGGGACCAUCACGGGGAGGUGCUCGUAGCUAUGGUGUGUCAGGGGCAACGGAUAGUGGAGGCUGAAAUGGCUGAAGCUUGCACUUUAUGGCGAGCUCUACUGUGGGCUCAAACGCUAACUUUAAGAAGAAUCGAGGUAGAAACUGAUUGCGCAGCCAUUGUAUCAGUAAUCAACAGCAGAACUCUCAAUAUGAACUCAAGCUUGGGUAUCAUUCUUCUUGACUGCAGAGCACUAAUGUCCUAUUUUGUGUCUUGCCGAUUAAAACAUGUCCGUCGAACGGGAAAUGCUGUUGCUCACGAACUCGCACGAAGAGCGCUUACCAUUGAGGCAGAUGAAUUAUGGGUAGAAGAUAUACUAGAUACUGUUGCACAUUUUGUAACAGGAGACAGACCCUAUUCUUGAUCAUGUACUGGUUUCCUACUUUCUUCUCUUAAUUUAUGAAUAAAAUAUGUGCAUGAAC